AAUAUGGCUACCUCCGUGCGGAUGUGAGUUCGCCAGCUGAUCGAGAGAAAUAUUAGUUAGCUUGAAUGGACAGUAGAUAACAUAAUCCUGCCGUUAACUGAAUUAGUGAAUUUAUGUAUUUGGCACCCCUGCGUGUUGGCGCUCACUGUGUCAAAGUGCAGUCUGACUAGAGGUCGCAGCAGUCGCAGGGGCCAUUAAACUUUCGCAAAUGUGACUUGGGUCCUGGCAUGUCCUUGUGUGAAAAUUUGAUGACAGCACACCUCUCUUUCUCCGAGUUGGCGUUAAACUCCAGCUCCUUUCUCUCUAUAGCUUUCUAGUUCUCUUUCUCUCUUCCUCUUCCUCUUUCUCUUCCUCUCUCUCCCCCUGCCUCCUGAGCCAUGCAGACCAAUCCAGUGCUGGUAGAGUCGGCUGUGGUGUUCGCCAUGGUGCUGUUCGUGCAUACCGCCGUGUGGACACCGCUGUCGUGGUGCUGCAUCGCCCUGGCCAUCCAGGCCUUCUACGUCCAGCACAAGUGGGACCGGCUCCUGCGGUCCGGCGCGGCCGUCUUCCAGUUCCGCUCGGGCGCCAGCAGCGGCGUCCUGCCGGCCAGCAUGGUCAUGCCCCUGCUGGGCCUAGCCCUGCGCGGCCGCUGCAUCGAGGCCGGUAACGUGCACAUGGAGCGCUUCGCCCUGGUGGUGGCGGUGACGGGCAUGAUGCUGGCGCUGUUCGUCUCGCUGAUCGCGCUGGGCGUCACGCGGCCCGUACCCACCAACACGUGUGUGGUGGCCGGCAUAGCCAGCAGCGCCAUCCUCUACUGCACCAAGCACACACUGACCGUCUCGGAGGUGAUCGAGGUGCUGGAGGUGCUGCUGAUCUUCGUCUACCUGAGCCUGAUCCUGCUCUACCUGCUGCCGCGCUGCUUCACGCCGGGCGAGGCGCUGCUGGUCAUCGCCGCCCUCAGCGUCAUCAUCAACCAGCUCAUCAAGCGGUCACUGAGCACGGCCGGCGAGACGCGCGCCGAACCCCUGCAGUACUACCUGCCGGUGGUGGUGGUGGGCUGCCUGAUGCUGGGGGUCAUCUUCGCCCUGCUCUUCCUCUUCCUGGAGGCCGGCUCGUGGGCCGGCUCCCUCUUCUUCCACGUGCUGACGGCCGUGCUGGGCCUGGGGCUGCUGCUGCCCUGGCUCUCGCUGCUGACCAACACGCACCCCAUCGCCUGGGUCAUCUACUUUCUGGCGGUGGACAGCCGGCGGCCGUGGCUGCUGGGCUACUGGGCGUUGUUGGCGCUGGCCGCUGUCGCCGUGGUGAUGCACCAGAACCGGCGCCAGCGGCGCUCGUCGGGUGGCAAGAAGGAGCAUGCGUCCACGGCUGUGCGCAAGGCCUUCCAUGUGUUCACGGUGCUGACCUUCGUGCCGGGGCUGGUGCUGGACCGGCCGCUGCUGCACCUUGCCUCGGCCGGCUGCCUGGGCGCCUUCCUCUUCCUGGAGUUUGUGCGCUUCUUCCGGAUCCUUCCGCUUGGGCCGCACCUGCGCCGGAUGCUCACGCACUUCCUGGACGAGCGGGACAGCGGGCCACUGGUGCUCACCCACAUCUACCUGCUGGUCGGGGUGUCCCUGCCCCUGUGGCUGACCCCGGGGCCCUGCGUGCCCAAGAGCGGCCUGCCCGGCGCCGGCGGCCUGCUCCCCUACGCCGGCGUGCUCUCGGUGGGCGUGGGCGACGCCGUGGCCUCCGUGUUCGGCAGCUCGGUCGGGGAGAUCCGCUGGCCCGGCACCAAAAAGACCAUGGAGGGCACGGCCACUUCGGUCUUCGCCCAAGUCAUUGCCGUGGCCAUCUUCCUGCUGGCCGACGGCAGCCUGAACCUGAAUGCCAGCUACUCGUGGGUGGUGGGCUCCAUCACCACAGUGGCCAUGCUAGAGGCCUACACGUCACAGAUUGACAACCUGCUGCUGCCACUGUAUCUGCACAUACUGUUGCUGCUAUGAGAGCACACAAGCACAAAGACACACUGACACACACACACACAUACACCCAUAAUCAUACAAUUGUAAAGCCAUACUUCAUCCUACACCCAUUGUCAUUUCUACACACAGAGACAUUGAGACAACCUGGACAGUCAAGGACAGUCACUGACACACAGACACACACACACACACACACACACACACAGAACUCUCCCUGUUGGGGUGUUUCAAGGGCUGUGCUGUCAAGCAAGAGCAGGCAGCAGCUGGGCAGUCAAGAAGAGGACGACAAAUCAACUCUAAUGAUCUUUUGCUCUAAUUUAUCACACUAUCCAUUAUUCAUCUCUGGCCUGCUGACAGAGACUGAUGACAACAGGGCUAUGGUAUGAGGACUGAAAUAGCUCUUUCAUCUCCAUAAUCCCUUAUUAUCACUCACAUCACACUACAGCUGUACAAACAUAUGCAUUCAUCCGCCCUGGUGACCUCACACCUUCAUUUCGAAUGCAAGCCCAGCGUUUACAUUUGCCUACGAAGAACACUGGACUGUUGACUACCUGCUUGUUUAUUUCUGUCUGUUUUUGUUUUUGUUUCAGUUGAAAUACUACUUUUAUCUGAUUAAUACUAAUCAUACCAUUAUCUAAUUAUGUAAUGAACUCAAAACUCGUCCUGCCUUUUUCUAGUAUCAGUUUCAACAGACUAAACAACAGGUUUGCCUUAGAGUCUGUUUUUUUUUUAUCUGUAUCAUGGGCAGAACUCAUUUCAGCACCUUUGCCUCCAAAUGUACCAGCAGUUGGCAGCUCUCUGGUGUUGGUGAUUUUAGCCUUGUGUAAUUACUACUGUAGAUAACCUGCAUGUUUCAUAGACAUUAGAUGGUACUAGUUGUGAAGUUGAGAGAACAUAAGCCAACCCAAGGUAUGGUCAGAGUCCUCUGCAUAUAGUUGUUGGUUCUGUGUUUGUUGUUCGGUAGAUUGUUGAUGUAGGGGGGGUAAUAGUGUGGAUGGAAGAAAAGGCUGAUCCCAAACCAGUAUGAAAAACCACAGAAAUGGGGCGGGCGGGAUUUCCAGGCAGUGCCUGUCCCCCUGUUGACCUCAGUGGUCAGACUGAACAAUGUCCCUGUUCAGCAGUGGUUCUCUGGCCACAAAAACCAACCCACACCGUCUCAGAGUUACUAAUGUAAACAGACGAAACUUAUCAUGCCGGUGUGUGUGUGUGUGUGUGUGUGUGUGUGUGUGUGUGUGUGGCGAACCACAUCAGUGUGCUGUGCAUUCUGGGAUAUUUUGUCACUGUAAAAACAAAGAUGUUGAAGUGUUUUUGUAUUAUUAUUAUUAUUAUUAUUAUUAUUAUUUAAAGACUGGAAAUGAUCCCAAAUGACUGCAGUGUUUUGUGUAGAUGAAAAUUAAAAUAGUACCCUUGUUUCGAUUUAGUUUCGUGAACAAUCACCUACUCCCUUUUAUCCUUUACCACAAGCCUCCCUUGAUUUGACCCUGAGGAAUGACACAAUCAUGAGGUCUGUGAAAAGUUUGGAGUUUUCUUUUUGAAUGAAUUGACAUGACUAUCUUGGCUCCUUCUCUCCACCCAUAAUGUUUGAUUUCUACAUUUCCCUGACACAAGCAUUCACUGUCUCAUGCUACUUCUCCACCUCAGUGUGGUUGUGGCUGAGUGCUAUAAAAAUAAUUGGGGCUGGAGGCAUUUGUUAAAAAGAGCUCUGUUGCCGUUAUCAACUGUAACCAAGCAACAGGGCUCUCCGCAUCCUCCACUUCGGCAGGUAGCAAUAUUUCAGCCCCCUUUUUCAGCAUUUCGCUCCUGACACCAGCUAUGCCCACUUUCUGCCAAUUACCACCUAUUUCCGUGACAAACCAGGCAUGCCAUUAUGUCCCCUCUAUGGAGAGAGGUGGACAGUAAUUAUGGGAUGUGAAUGCUCUCAGCAUGCAGUACUUUGAUGUACUCCAAUGUAAUAAUACAAAGCUCUGCCUCAUGUCUGGGUAAGCAGGCAUGCCGAAUAAAGGAUAAAAAUAUU